CCAGCGAUGGCUUCACUCAGGCAGGAGCACCGCUAUGGGCUCUGCUGUGGAAAAACAACCAGAAGCAGCCCCAACAUUUCUCUCUACCACGUCAAGCUGACGGAUACAGCAAUCAGAGCGCUGGAGGCUUACCAAAACAUCAAGGGUGUUCUACAAAAUCAGACCUCAAUCUGUUUCAAAGGAAACCAUGGGUACAUCAAGAUCCCAGCUCCAACACCAGAGUUACCUUCAGCUCUGCGCAUCUUCUCCUUCUACUUAUCCAGUGACAGCAAAGACCAACCACAAGCCAGCUUCGACUGCGUCCAUCAGUACAUCUCAAGCGACGGCCGUGAGCAGCUGGAGGGCCAGGGGAGCAUCCAGGACAAGAUCACCGUGUGCGCUACGGAUGACUCCUACCAGAUGACCCGAGAGAGGAUGUCUCAGAUGGAAAAGGACAGCUGGAGCCGCUCAGCCAUCGAGAUCAAACCUGGAGCCUCACAUCCCAGUAAAAGUUUCAAGUUCCAAAAAAAACCCGCUCCCCCAGCUGCUCCUGACAGUAGCUUCUACAAGCAGUCAGCCAACAGUCGGAGGAACAGCAGCAUACCUGCCGCCAUCCAGAAGCCCCUGAAGGAACGCAUCAUCCACCUGCUGGCCCUUAAGCCUUACAGGAAGCCAGAGCUUCUCCUGUGGCUGGAAAGGGAGCGAGCCGGAGCAAAGGACAAGGCUGAGCUUGGUGCUGUGCUUGAGGAGGUAGCUAAGGUGAACCCUAAAGACAGCAGCUACUUCCUGAAGGAGGAUUUCUACAAACAUGUGCAGAGGGACUGGCCAGGCUAUACAGAGGAGGAGAAGCAGCUGAUCUGCAGGCUUCUAUCCAGGAAACUUCAGCCUCACAUCAGCAAUAAAUCAAGAAACAUUCAAGCACACUUGUCAAUACCUGCAACCCCUGAGGAUCCAAGUGCAGCGAAAAACCCAGCUGUGAAACGUUCCGUUCCUUUGGACUCACGGGACAGACUGGCAGCAAAGAGACAAAAACUUUCUGACCAAAGGUCACAACCCCAGUCCAACAUAAAGGGAAUCGUGAACAUUAAGGAAGCACAUGAUAACGCAGCUGUGACCUUUGACCCCAAUCUCAACUCCAGUGCUGAAUCCCAGAGGACCGGUGGCCUUACUGGUGACCAGCGUGGCCUAAAUGCAGCCCAUUGUGACUUUCCUUUCGUGCAUACCAUGUCUGACGGACAUAUUUCUGAGAGCAAAGAUCAGGACCCCAGAGUCAGCCGGCUCCAAGCACCGCAGGCUAACUCUGACGGCACUCAGCAGCAACAGAACAGCAGCCAGCUCAGAAAGAAGAAAUCUAAAAAGCACAAAGAUAAGGAGCGGGAAAGGUUAAAAGAUGACAAAGCACCUGAAUGGCUGCAGCCGAGUCCCGACCUUAAGCAGAAUCCACAUAAACAAGACAAUCCUGACAUCACAAGUGCUGCGGCCUCUGAGGAGAAGCCGGAUUACGUGCUAGCUUACGGCCCAAUCACGAGUUUGGAGCAAAGGCAGAGAUAUCAGGAAGAUUUCUGUACAGAGUAUGAUGAGUACAAAGACCUUCACUCCCGGAUUGCUGCCAUAACUCACAUGUUUGUUCAGCUGGGGUCCAAGAUCAAGACUCUCUCUCCUGGCACCCAGGAAUACAAGAAGAUGGAAGACCAAAUACUGGAAAAGUACAGCAAGUUUCGCAAGAAGUUUCCAGGCUACAGGGAAGAAAAGAAGCGCUGCGAGUACCUUCAUGAAACACUGUCAUACAUCAAACAACUCAUCGUCGACUUCGAUCUCUCUAAGGCCUCCUCAUAGCAUUUGCUAAAAACUGUCAACUAGACAUACCCAGCUUUGUGUUGAGGUGUUUUUUACAGCGAUAUAAAGAGUUUUGAAAGAGGACUUCAGCUUUUUCCACCACUUUUACUAAAACACCAGCUGAUUCUGUGACCUCUCAUUAGUAACUGAUUGUGUUGGAGUCUCUCUGAACAAAGGGGAAAAUCACUGGAAGGUAUUUGGUCGGGAUUUUUUUAAGUAGUUCUGAUCUUAACAAUUCUGAAUCUUGUGAAAUCAUUCCUUUAACACUUGUACAGUUUUCUUUUUUUAUAUAUUCUUUUUGUACUUUUAAAUAUGUCUAUUUGCAGUGUACAUGAGUAGCAAAUGCUUUCAGAAAUUGCCUUGUCUAGGAUUAAUAGGAGAAGCAGAGAGAACCACAUGGGAACAAAAACAAAUCGGCUCCUUUUGUCGUCUCCUUUUGAAUGUUUUAGAUAUUAUGGCCAAUUACAACUGCAAACUUUGAGAUAUGGUAUUGGGAUUCCAUGCAACAGUGGAAUGAUUUAUGAAAUUGAAGGUCAAAGGUGAAUGGUUGUAUAAGGUAAGAAAAAUCAUAAGCAUUCCCGCAGCAUGACGUCACCAUCAUCGAGUUUUAAAGUGGGAUUUAGCUGAUGUUCAGUGUUAGUUAUCAGAUUUUGAUUCCUUAGAUAUUUGGGAAAACAACCUUUGCAUCCUUUUUCAUUCACCAUAAAACACUAAAUUAUCUUUCCUUGUUCUGAACCCCAGAAAAAUAUAUAGAAGUUUGGUGUUGCAAUCUCAAAAAAUGGGAAAAGUUUUAAUCAUUUUUAAAACUCUCAUAGCUAAAAAAAA